AUGCAGAUAUCACUAGAUAGUGGCAACUUUACUCUUGAAGGAGAAGAAAUCCUCCGAGAAAACCGCAUCGAUCCCAUCGCACGGGCAUCUUCGGUAGCAUCAAAAUGGGGUCCAGUCCAGGACUGCAUGACUUUUUACGGAAUUGAGACACAACCAACUGGAUGGCGACUGGCAAGGUAUGUCAAGUUGGGACGUACAGUCGGCCCAUCGAAGAAUACGCAUCUUGCAAAUAAGUACAUGCAUCAACAAUAA